UUUUUCCUCACUUCUAAUCUUUGGUUGUUUUUCUUCCACUUCUCAACUCUCUGUCACUUCUCCCAUAUUCGUGUAACUCACAGUGAUUGCUGACAAUUACUGUGGUGUAAACUAUCCUUAUAUAUCUCUUGAAUAAUCUUAUUUAUUCCCUUGAUACCUAGCUCCGGCUUUUCGCAACGUCAAAGCAAUAGAAUAUCGCGUCGCUGCAGCGUGCUCAUGGAUCCACAGAAACACUCCGAAGAGCCGCCUGAGAAGGCUGUUGCUUCCCCUGAUGCUGUUCCUAUCGAUGUUACCCCAUUAGAAAAUAUGCAAAAGGGCCGCUGGGAACGUAGCUGGCCUACCAUUGCCUGUGGCGCAGGUCUCUUCUCAGACGGUUAUCUCAAUGGCGUGAUCGGAUCUGUUAAUACAAUCCUUGGUAAAAUCUACCCAGACUCAUACAACAACUCCCCCGCCAGCCAGAAUGUUUCUUCCAUCACAUUUGCCGGCACUGUACUCGGUCAGCUUGUCUUUGGAUAUGUCAGUGAUCAUUGGUCGCGAAAAUGGUCACUGAUGAUCUCAACGAUAAUUCUGAUCAUAUUCAGUGCCUUGUGUGCUGGUGCGUACGGGUUAAAUGGUAGCCAAUACGGCUUGUUCGCUGCCUUGACGGCUUAUCGUUUCUUCCUGGGAAUUGGGAUUGGUGGAGAAUAUCCAGCCGGAUCCGUUGCAGCUGCGGAAAACACAGGCGAACUAAAGAAAGGACAUCGGAAUCGGUGGUUCAUUAUGUUCACCAACUUCCAAAUUGACUUCGCAUAUGUUGUCUCCGCCUUAGUUCCUAUGAUCUUGGUCUUGAUAUGUACCGAGAACCAUCUGCGCGCUGUCUGGCGUAUAGCCCUGGGAUUCGGCGUGAUUCCACCCCUUAGUUUGUUUUAUCUGCGAUUGAAACUGGAAGAACCAGAGGAGUUUAACAGGGAACGUAUGCAUAAGUUUCCUGUCUGGCUGAUUAUCCGGUUUUACUGGAAGCGUUUGACGGUGGUGUCCCUCAUAUGGUUUAUCUAUGAUUUCUCGGCGUACUCUUUCAACAUCUACUCCUCCAAGUGGGUGGGCAUCAUCCUUGGAGAUAGCGCCCCUCUUUGGAAAACCUUCGGCUGGACCACUGUAACAAAUGCUUUCUACAUCCCCGGCUCUUUCUUGGGUGCCCUAGUGAGUGACUGGAUUGGGCCUCGCAACACGUUAGCCAUUGGGGUUGGUCUUCAAGGAGUUAUCGGUUUCGUUAUGUCAGGUUGCUAUGAGUAUCUUAGUAUCCCGAGGAAUGUUGCGGGAUUUGUCGUAGUAUUCGGUAUUUUUUCGGCUCUCGGUGAGUUCGGACCUGGAGAUAACAUCGGGCUUUGUGCUGCGAAGUCCAGCGCGACUGCAAUCCGAGGUCAAUAUUACGCCAUAGCUGCGGCUGCUGGAAAGAUUGGAGCGUUCGUCGGCACCUAUGUCAUUCCCAUCAUCCAGAACAACGCCCCCAAUGAAGUCCGUUCCGGCCAGGAUCCUUUCUUCGUCUCGAGCUCAUUGUGCCUUUUGAGUGCUGCAAUGGCCUACUUUCUGCUGCCACAUAUUGGACAGGACACUAUUACCGAGGAGGAUGAGAAGUUCCGUGCUUUUCUCGAGGCCAACGGAUAUGACACCUCGACGAUGGGCAACAGAGAAGCACAGUAGCCCAGUUUCGCCAUUUGCAUUUCCAUCUGCAAAUCCGUAUGUUCGACGCCCGACCCCUACUUAUCAAGUGCCAGCUCCCUUGCUAUUCCUUGCGACAUGUUUCACAAAGAGACGGCCCUUGCAACAUCCGUGACCAGUAUGCCCCAGAAGCAGUACGUGCGACACGAGCAAAUGAGGAUUCCCCUAGCCCAUU